AGAUACAGUCAUUGAUCGCCGAAACGUUGGGGCUCGCGGUUGCACCAUGGCAGCACUCUCUUUCGUUCGACAAAACUUGUUGCGUUCCAAGUUCUUUUGGCAUUUUGUGUGUUUCGCUCUUUUCAUCCAUAGCCACCAAGGCUUUGCCCAAGAACAAGGAGAGAUCGAAACAUUUGACCUUCUAAUGCCAAAUGUUCUACCCAAAAAGGCAGAAACCUACUUUUGCACACCAAUCCGGAUUGAUUCAGAUACAGACUACUAUCUAGUUGGAUUUGUUCCAAAUGCAACAAUGGACACUGCGCACCACAUGCUUCUAUAUGGAUGUGAAGAACCUGGAAGUGACGAAGAAGUUUGGAACUGUGGCGAAAUGGCGGUAAAAGAUCCCAGCUUGAAAUCGUCUGAGCCAUGCAAAAAAGGCGCUCAGGUUAUUUAUGCCUGGGCACAUGACGCGUCAGCAUUGCAGUUACCCCCUGGAGUAGGUUUUCACGUUGGUGGACGUUCUAAAAUCCAGUAUAUCACGUUACAAGUUCAUUAUGCCAGUGUUGAUCGGUUUGUUGGUGGUGUUAGAGACGAUUCGGGAGUCUUUUUAAAGUAUACUACCAUUCGUCAACCGAAAUCUGCUGGUGUACUUCUGAUGGGAACAGGAGGACGGAUCCCAGCUAACAGUGUCGAGUAUAUGGAGACCGCCUGCAAAAUAAACGAAGACAAAGUUAUUCAUCCGUUCGCAUUUAGAACUCAUACACACGCAUUAGGACGAGUCGUGUCUGGAUAUAAAGUGAGCAGGGUCAACCGCAGAGACGAAUGGAAACUGAUAGGCAAACAAGAUCCACAACUACCCCAAAUGUUUUAUCCUGUUGCUAACAAUCUAACCCUUAGUAAAGGGGACACUGUGGCUGCCCGAUGCACUAUGGUGAGCAAUCGAAAUUGGGUGACGCGAAUUGGUUUGACCAGUGAUGAUGAGAUGUGUAACUUCUACAUCAUGUACUGGAUAGAGGGCGGCGAGGUACUUAAUACGAAACAUUGUUUCUCCAUGGGUCCACCGAUCUACAAUUGGUCGCGUAACCGACUUAAUAAUAUUCCCGAAGAUGCGUCGGCACUGUAAUUGAAUAUUAGAGAGCGAGGAUCUUUGAGACAAAAGGGCAGAGCCCUUCGAUCGUUCUUUUAAUGAAGAAAUUUUGACUACCAUAAUUACGUAUCACAACAUAAUCGUAGCAGGAAUAUGUUACAAAAGCAUCGCAACAACCGCGGUGGCAACCCUAGACUACCACCUUAAUAUGCACUUCUAGGUUGCAUUGUUUCUUCUCUGUUUUCGUUUGUCGUCCACCUUCUUUUGAUUUAUUUUUGCCUUAUUUUUAUUUGAUUUAUAUUUUGGUUUGUUAAUUUUUCUUUUCUUUUUGUGCUUCUGUUUUCUACGAUUUUGGUUUGCUAGUUCUUUGUUCCGCUGUCAGCACAAGUGCCAUGCGUUACAAUAUGCGCUCUCAAGUUCUUAUUUAUUUGUGCAUAAAUGAGGCAUGUCUUA